AGGGUUCCUUUGAGUCUCUGGAGUUUUGAUAUUUGAAGGUGGGGUCGUUGUAUCGACUGUCUGUGUGUGUCUCAUGCAGCUGAGUUGUAAUGGGUAAGGUGAAUCAGGUUCUCAUUAUUAAUCACAAUCAUUUAUAUCCAUCACAUCACUUUCUGAUCCAUCAAAACCAAGUAAUUUUCCAUGUUACCCCUUACAUACAUUAUUCUUUACUGUACAUGCUGCCCCUUUCCCUCGAUGUUCCACGUUCCCCCAUUCCCAGAAUACUCCCAGGAUUUUAUUAAAUUAUAUUUUAUCUCCUCCACUACAUUCAAUAUACAUUCCAACUUAUUUUGAACAUUUAGAUGUUUCAACAGCCUGCUGCUCACUCUCAGUUUACACAUCCAGAAAUGGAUCAGAACGUUGGAAUGAAACACACCCCUGUAUUACAUGUGAAGCAACAACUUUUAGCAGAGAUGUGACAACGCUCCACCCCUCACCAGACUCACCCGAGACAAACCAGGAAACAGUUUGUUAUUCAUCCUCACUAAAGAGAGUCACACAGACUGAAAACCAGACGAUCAGAUUCACCUUCAGAACAAACUAACAACUUCAUCUGAGUGAGUUCAUCUACAGGAGAGAAAAGUGGAAAACUACAACACUGCUGCUUCAACCUGCUGACGCUCCACACACUGAAGCUUCACUCAGAGACUAAAUGGCUUCCAGAUCAGAGGAGGAUCUCUGCUGUCCGGUCUGUCAUGACGUCUUUAGAGAUCCUGUUGUUCUGUCAUGUAGCCACAGCUUCUGUAAAGUCUGUCUGAACAGCUGGUGGAGAGAGAAACCAACGCGCGAGUGUCCAAUUUGUAAGAGAAGAUCUUCAAAGUUUGAACCACCUUGUAACCUGGCCUUAAAGAACCUGUGUGAGGCCUUCUUACAGGAGAGAGAUCAGAGAGCUUCAGAGGCUCUCUGCAGUCUGCACUCUGAGAAACUCAAACUCUUCUGUCUGGACCAUCAGCAGCCAGUGUGUCUCGUCUGCAGAGAUUCAGAAAAACACACCAACCACAGAUUCAGACCCGUCGAUGAAGCUGCACGACAACACAAGAAGGAACUUCAGGAAACUCUGGAGCCCUUAAAGGAGAAGUUAAAGGUUUUUGAACAAGUUAAAGUGAAGUCUGAUCAAACAGCAGAACACAUGAAGGUCCAGGCCCGACGCACAGAGAGGCAGAUUAAGGAGCAGUUUAAGAAGCUUCACCAGUUUCUAGAAGAGGAAGAGGAGGCCAGGAUCUCUGCUCUGAGGGAGGAAGAGGUGCAGAAGAGUCAGAUGAUGAAGGAGAAGAUGGAGGCUCUGAGCAGAGAGAUAGCAGCUCUUUCAGACACAAUCAGAGCCACAGAGGAGGAGCUGAGAGCUGAAGACGUCUCAUUCCUGCACAACUACAAGGCUGCAGUGGAAAGAGUCCAGCAGCGCCCCCUGCUGGAGGAUCCACAGCUGCUCUCAGGAGCUCUGAUAGACGAGGCCAAACACCUGGGCAACCUGACCUUCAACAUCUGGAACAAGAUGAAGGAGAUGGUCUCCUACACUCCUCUGAUUCUGGAUCCAAACACUGCUGGUCCAAAACUCAUCCUGUCUGAAGAUUUGACCAGUGUGAGACGAGGAGAGAAACAGCAGCUUCCUGAUAAUCCAGAGAGGUUUGAUAAACACUGCUCUGUCCUGGGCUCUGAGGGCUUUAACUCUGGGACUCACAGCUGGGAUGUCGAGGUUGGAGACAGUACAGGCUGGUUUCUGGGUGUGUCAGCAGAGUCUGUCCAGAGGAAGGGAUUCACACGGUAUGGAUUAUGGGAAAUACAGUUCUACGGAGGUAAAUACUCAGCAUGGUUACUACCAGAUCCACCCACCAAUCUCAGAGUCCAGAAGAAGCUCCAGAGGAUCAGAGUGAAUCUGGACUGGAACAGAGGAAAGCUGUCGUUCUCUGAUCCUGAUACUAACACACACAUACACACCUUCACACACACUUUCACUGAGAAGCUUUUUCCAAUCAUGGGCACUGUGGAUAAACUGAAUAUAUUACCACUGAAGGUCUGUGUGACAGUGGAACAGAGCAGUUAAAGAGGAUGAUUAUAUUCAUCAUGUUGUUUGUUUCUUAAUGGGAAAGUCACUGAAUUUAACCUCUUAACCUGCACCUGUCCUCCUGCUGACUCAUUAUUCCAAAGAGAUGUUCAUUUUCGUUUCACUUAAUGUUUUUUUCAUAAUUUUCUUUUUGUUGUUUUGUUUCGAUUGUCAGACGUUUUCAUAUGUAAAAUUAUUUCAUCUAGGUUCUGAUCUUUAUGUUGUUGUUUUUUUAGCCUUUUCUUUUUUAUCGAUACUGUUUCAUUUUAGAUUGUUCAUCUUGAUUCCUGCUGCAGUGCCUGUUUGGAGCGUGUGACCGUUGCUUGGCCCCCAGAUGUGCUGCUUGCAGUACAUUAAAAUCAAUGUUUAAUUACUUGAAAUGUUUACAAUAUGUACAAUAUAGACAUAUGAAAGUAUCCAAAAUAUAUGUACAAGUUUAAAUUUGAUGCUAUGAAGACAAUUUUUUUCAUUCUAUUCCCUUUUCCUUUAGUUUCAUCAUUGUUCAAUUAUCCUCUGUUAGUAGUUUAGUCAUGUAGUUAUUCAAAUAAACAUUAAAGAACUUGGUUAUUGAUGUGUGUGCAUAUAGAACAACUCAGUACACUAUGCCCAAGAACUCCGUAGCAUCUCUGAGGUUAUGAGGCUCAAUUGAUUGAAUUUGGAAGUUUUCCCAAUUUUUACAAAAUUGGGUGACGCCUGGUUGAAUACUGCUAUUAAAACUGUUAGGCUAUGAUAGGACCAAUUGCUGGCUGCCAUUUAUCUUCAAUAUUAGCAAAAAUGUAAUUUCCGCAACAUGUCUUUACUGCAGCAGCUUUAGGUACCAAAAUGUGUAAAAAGAAUAUUAUUGCAAUGUUGCGUUAAGAACGUUUAGAAUAAGAACAAGUAAUGAAAAUUGUAGAAAAAGAAACAUGUAUUCUACUAAUAGCUGUUAUUGUCUAGUAUUAGUAUUAUUAUUAUUAUUAUUGAUAUUAAUAAUAUUAUGUACUUAACCCUUUACCAUACAUAAUAAA